AUCUGCUCCCUUCCCUUCAUUAUCUGCCUUUGCCUUCCCAUCCACCCAUGAAAAUGGCGAUGCAUAUGAACAAGAGCCCCUCUUUAUCCUUCUCUGUUGUUCGUUUCAUCAGAUUUUGAUCCCUUUUGCUUUGCCGGAGGAUUAGGUUCGAAUUCAGUUGGACAGGUGCUUGACAAUACUGCUGUGUUCUUUUAUAAAAAAGUUUGUAACCCUCAAACUGGUGUAUCGGCUUCCAGCAGAAAAUUGUUUGGACAAAUUAGAGGACCUGUGUGAUUGUUGAAGGAAGAAUUGGUCCUGGCAGGUGUGGAGAUGGAAACUUUACCCAAUUCAAUGAGUGAUUGUGAAAACGCUUCAGAAGUUUCCGUUCUCGGGCUGAAAACAGAUCGGUCUUUACAGGCAUUCGAAAAUCCCAGUAAUUUUCUCAACGACGGGGCCUGCUUUGUUAAUGCUAAAGGCGUCUUAUGCCAAGGUUUCUCAAUUCGUGAUUAUGUGGGGAAAGUCAGGAGUUUAAACAUCAGGAAAUGUUGGCCUUUCUCUGAGAGUUUGCUGGAAAGAUGUUUAAGGGAAGGUGGAGACUGCGUGCUUCCACCUCUAAAGAGCCCUCAUCACAGAUGGUGGGCAUGCGAACAUUGUGGUUGGGAGGUGGAACACAAGCCCUUUGGGAACUCUUCUCACAGAAUGGAGGAUCAUCUUGGUCAGCCGGAAAGUUAUAUCAGAAAGAUCGACCGAUUUGGAAACCGGAAAAUAAACAUUUCUUUAGGUCCAAUUUCAGAUGGGGAUUUCAACAAUUCUGAGGAUCUGGAAGAACAAAUCUUAAAAUUGAGCUCUGUUCAGAUUUCCGGACGGGACGACAAUACUGCUGAAGAGAAAGGGUGUAUAAGGAGAACGCAAACUAAAGGUGGGAAAAGUAAUGUGUACUGUUGUCGGCAGAGUUCAUUAGGACCGCCAGUUUUCAAAACCGCUUCCUCGAAGAUUGGAACCCUCGAUCGCAUUUCCCACCGCGCUGGCAAGGGGAAGCUUGCCCAAGCGCACAAAAUUGAGCAACCUGAUAAUGUUCCGGCAAUUCAAAACCAGAACGGAAAACCGGGUAUUGUUUUUCGUAAAGAUUCCGUCAGCCAAAGCCCGGGACGGAGUACUACUUUUGAUUUGAACGAAAGGGAAUACCGGACAUAUAAGGAUGUAGGUGUCCGUGCGGAAACAGAAAAGGCUACAGAAAUAGCACAUGAGCAGGUACCAGCGGGUCGCGUUCCAGACCAACAAAUGGAGAGAAGCAAUAUUGAAAAUCUGAAUUCCCAAUCGGGUAAAUCUGAGCUGGUUAGAAAUGACAUUUGUAAUAUUGCAAAUGAUGAAGUUUCUGCAGUCAAAGUUUGCCCGGUUUGCAAAGUAUUUACCUCAACAACCAUAACAGCUGUGAAUGCCCACAUUGAUGAUUGCCUUGACCAGGCAUCUAAAGCAGAGAAGAAACAAGGUAAAAUGCAGAAACAUAAAUCAAGAAGACAAAAGAAGAGAUCAAUUGUUGAUAUUUGUGCUGUUGCUCCACCAGCUGACAGCCAUUUGGAUCACCCAGAAAAGUUGGGGAUGAAUGAAUCAGAAGGUUCAGCAGCUCCUAGUUGUAAGCUCAACGAAACUAUUCCACUGAGACAGACAAGUUUAGAAAAUGCAGUUCGUGAUGACUUGCCAACUUUCAAUUGCAAGCGCAAGAGGGCAAAUCAAGGAAAUUCACCAAUUAAACAUGGGAAAUCUGGAAAUGGAAAAGCUGAGUCAUUGAAGAUAAAAAGAAAACGCCAGCAUGUUGGAACAUUAUCCAGUAUUUUGGACGGAGUUAAGGAGCUUAAAAUGCCAUUACUGACAACAAAAUCCACAAAAGCAAAUCAUGGUGUAGAACGUCAUCUAAAGCCCUUAAGCAUAAAAGAAGAUUCAAGAGAUUCCAAUACUGAGCAACCAGUAAGCAUGGAAAUCAAUACAAUGGAAAUUUGCAACUUACCUGACAAUCAGCAUCAACAGUCUGAUAAUCUUAUGGACCAUGCUCAAUCUGCAAGUAUGUUACCCAAAGAGAACAGGGACAAGGAAGACAUCACUUCUAAUUAUAACGCACAAAGAGAAGAAAGUGACAUUCUUUUUGGAGAUGAGAAUACUGAAGGGCCCCCUUCAAUAGUCAGAAUAGCAAACGCUACUACUGAUGUUUCCCAUUCUUAUGUGACCAGUGACACUGUCGCUGUAAGCAAUGAUAUAUCUCACUCUAACAAUGAGAAUUCCAAACUUCUGCAUGAAAAUGAAUGCAGCCAUGACAAGGUAUACAGCGCUGAUGAUUCCAUAUUGCAGGCAAGAGAAACAUUCAAAUCUGAAGAUCCUAAUUUGCUCGACUUGUCUGGAAAGAAUCCUGUGUAUGGAAAGGUUACAUCUCUAAAUCCUGAAAAAGCAGGGGAAGUUGAACAAUCAAAUGGAACCUAUGGAAAAUCAGAAUGCACUGCCAUGAAUUGCAUCAAUGAGGACCAUCCUCUAACAGAGGAAAACAUUUCUGAUCAACAUGCUGAACCUGUUAACUCUGGGUAUAGAUUUGUUGCUCAAACAGAAGGAAAAAAUACCGCACAAGAUAAUGCCAAACAUAAUCUGGGUGAUACCAGCAAUAAUUCGUUCAAAAAGUGUUUUGACAGGGAAAAAGAAAACCCUGAGGCAGUGGAAUCUCUGCAAAAUGAAAGAAACAUGUGGGAAACCAGAAAGUCAACAGAGAGGCCUCACCUUAGAAAUGCUCGAUUGGAUCUCAACAAGAAGGUCUGUGUUAUUCCAAGAGACUCUAAAGGACGUUUCCUUAGCUCUGACAUUAUUAAUGGGUGUAAAGAUGGUGAUAGACGUUUUCAUCAAUGGAAACAAACACCUAGUCGUAUAUCCUCACAGCCACCCAAAAGUUCACUAAAUACAUCUGAAAAUGCAAUGGAAUUUGUAAAUUUUGGUCUCACUGGAAAUCGCACUGUUCAUGGUUACAUAGGUUUGCCCCUGGAUUCCCAAGGGGAACACAUUAACUACAACCCCAAUAUCAGACCAGGAUUUAGUGAAGUAUGCAGGAUUCCAAAUUAUACAGUUGCUAAUCAGCCAUCAGUCUCACAAGGUACCAAAACACCUCGAGAAUUCAAUUUUGUUGAAAGCAUUACAAAGUGUUGUGAUGUUACUUCACUUAUCCAGCCCCUUGAAAGAUGUCGUUCUAAAUGCCUAUCACAGCAGAACUAUUGCAAUCAGUGUCAACAGGCUGACCAUCAGCUAAAGGACUCGAUAUCUAGAAGUAAUCAGUCAAAUCCUGAUAAGACAGUCUCAGAGAAUUUUUCUCUGCUUGAUCAAAUCCAGAGUGACAAAAUGCACUGUGGAAGCUCAUGUGUUAGAAUUUCAACUUCAUCAACUGGGAUGCCAGAUAUCGCAAUGCCAUCUAUGCAAGCAUCUCUUCAGUCCAAAUACAAUGCAGAUCCGAGUCAAAAAGAUGUGUUGGAGAAAACUUGUAAUGCAGUGGAUAUCACAAAAUGGAAACAAUCUACAUCCCAACCAAUCAUGAGGCUGAUGGGACAGAGUUUUACAAUUGGGGGUGAGAAUGAGGGCAGAAAUUCCCUAAAUCACCCUCAGCAGUGCAAUAUUCAAGAUACUAUAAGCACCACGGGAGCCGCAAAGUGUAUGUCAUCUACUAUGCAGAGGACGGCAGCUUAUAUAGAUCAGUGUAUAGUAUGCAGUAAAGGUCAAUUUGAUUCUCAAUGUCCUAGGGGUAAUGCUUUGUGUGAAUGCUGUAGAGAUAAAGAAAGUAUAUCAAAAAGUGUUCGAAAUAAAUUCAAAGAAGCAUAUCGUCAGGAAUUGAAUCAUACAGAAAGUAUUCCGAGUCAUGAGGAUAGCAUAUUGAGUAAUAAUAGUCCUAAACUGGUAGAAAAGAGGCCCACCACAGAUUAUGUUCGUGGACAUUCUUUAAAGGAUCAAACUUAUUCUGGUCAAGAAUGGAUAUCCAGUUCUUCACUCUCAGCUCCAAUUGGGAAUAUGUCCAAUUCCCCAGUCAGGCACUUCUGCGGCAACACAUGCCUCAAUGAGGAACACAAAAUGAAAUGUAAAGAUCCUCAUGUAAGUAAGGAAGGCUCUCCCCUACAAAAACAAACUUACAGCCAACUUCUGAACUCAUAUUUAGAAAAAUCUGCAUUCCAGAAACAAAUGUGUAAUGGCUGGACGUACACCAGUAACCCUUGUUUCUCUCCAGUCCAUUCAAGUCCAAACCAACCAUUGGCCUGCCCCACUUACAGCUUGGGGUCCUCAUCUGGCCCUCUACAUUUUUUUACAUAUUCCAUUGCUCCUUCAACUUCUUUCCUAACUGAAAAGCAAUCUCACUGGCAAAAUCCUUCAAUUGCAGAUUCUCCAACCUUGGCAAUGCCAGGGAAUUUUACCCACUCAGUGAAUUUAGCUAAAACUAAAAAUGAAAAGCUGAUACCAAAAUUACCCAAGUAUAUGACCAAAAAUAACUGUGAGACUAGGCGUGAGAAUAUGAGAGUAACAAAUGCUUCUGAUGUUGACACAAAGUGCAGAGAUGAUUCAAGGACAAGAAAGUAUGAUAAAGAGACAGAGGGAUUACUUGGGCAAAGGUUUUCUGGAAAGCAUGAAGAUUGUGUAGCAGAGCCAAUGCGGAAAUCUGAUCAAUUCUCAACAACACACAAUCCAAAGAAACGAAAGGAAGUAAUUCAUCAAGAAAUUGGUUCUACCAAUAUAGCUGUUAAACAUCUCAAGAAAAGCGAAAGAACAGAAAAUAACAAGCUGGGUGUCAGGCAUGUUGAAAUAUGCAAAACAAAUAACAGCUGGGGUGAAUUUUCAAGGGAUGCAGGAAUCUCUUCCCACAAGAAGGUAGAGAAUGAUUCUAUUUCGAAUGCUCCUCCUCAGUCUGGGCUCUCUCAAAAAUGUCUGGAAAGGAAAAGUGGAUUAUACAUCGAACCUAUGAAUAAGCGUUUGGAAACAGAAAUCAUGACAUCAACAAUUGGAUUGCAUUGCUCAAAUGCAGGGUGCUUCCCCAAAUUGGCAGAACCAGUGAAAUUAAGCCAGGGUGCAAAGCAGCUAUUGAAGCCGCCUUGUCAUAAAGAGCAUAGAUAGCAAUCCUUGCCUAUAUUACCAUUUGCUGAAACAAGUUCAGAGGAAAAGGAUAAGAUUUGUUAGCUGUGACUGCAAACAAAUAUAGAUAAAGAACUGAAGUGAUAAAUUUAAUGACGUAGUCAAGCACAAGGAAUUCUCUCUGACAGCAGCUGUAAUAGUCUGGAUAAGGUAUAUCAGCCUAACAAACACACUUAACAGAAAUAAAUUUUACUGAGAAACGGAAUGGUAUGUUGAAUGGCAGAUACGGUAGUGUAAUUGAUUUUCCAGUGAUUUUUUUGUGUUGACGUCAAAUACUUUUUGCAAGUUUGAAAAGCUAAUGUUUGAUGAUCUAAUGUAAUUUUAGAACUGUACACAUGAGCUGCAAUGGAUGAACACUAAUUUUAUCUUGCACGAGAUA